AUUUAAUCUUCGACGGCGAGAGCAACGGUGGACAGCUCCCAGUGCUGAAAAUAUCCCACAAACGACGUUGUCUCGGCAUCGUCCGAAAGCAACGGUAGAGGUGCCAACGUUGCUUUCGUUUGACAGCAAGCAACAACACGGACACAAGGAUUUCCAGUAUUCAUUCAGUCUUUUAUUCACUCUGCCAGACAACGGAUUCCCAGGCUGCCGUUUGGAGGUGGAUGAAAAGGAUGCCUAACACCUGUUAGAGACUGAAAACAACUAUCGACUACAAAACUAGUCGGACGCAUCAUUCCAUAGAGAAGAAAUUGUUUUCAGAGUGGCAAGUUGCUCUCUACACGGUUUUGCGGACGCUAAUCUCUGAAAGCAAAAUAAAGCCGUUUACAUAUCCGUGUAUUCCUAAGCUUGACUGCUCUUCACCGCGAACAACGGACAUGGAUGGAAAGGAAUUUGCUGUGACGAGAGAGCUGAGUGGAUUUGUGAAGCUCGGCUGCUCCUACCUCGGAAACUAAACGAGACCUGUAGAAGUUCGUUUUUAUUUAGAGCGCACGGGCAUCAGCUUUUGUUGCCACGGUUUUAUCAUUUAUUUAUUUAACUUUUAAGGAUUAAAAAUGGGGAAAGAGGAGUGCAAAACCAUGCUGGAUGCCCUGAACAAAGUGACCGCGUGUUACAGGCAUCUGGUCGUAGCUCUGGGCAGCACUUCGGAUUCCCAAAAUCUACGUGAAGAACUGAAGAAAACCCGCAAAAAGGCACAGGAGUUGGCGGUGGCCAACAGGACUAAAUUGACCACUCUUCUGAAGGAUAAGAGCAUCAGCAAGGACGACAGGGCCGAAUACGAGCGACUAUGGGUGCUGUUUUCCAGCAGCAUGGAGCUACUGGAGGUGGACAUGAAAAGGUCUCUGGAAAUAAGCCAGGAUUUCCCCCUGAAGGUACCGACCAGGCACCUUAUCCAAACGGGCAUGACGGGCUCCACCACCACCGUGGCCGCCCGGGCCAUGAGCGUUCAGAACAUGAAGUACGACGCCGACGCGAACAUCGACACGGCAGACUUGAAAGACCUGGAGACUGAAAUUGUACAGGUCUCGCAGUUGAGGGAGGAGAUGGAGAUGAAGGUCCAGGUGGCACCGUGGGCUGUGGAGGCGAAACAGGAGAGAGGCGCGGAGCUCAAGUCCACCGUCAGUGUUGGAAAUUCCUCGGUUGGUGUUAUCUCUAUCUGUGAAGAGGAGCCCAAAGACGACGAAGGAGGAGGAGGUGGUGGAGGUGGAGGUGGCAUCAUGACAAUCCUUGCCGUAAUCGUUUUCGCCCUUAUUUUCCUCAUGGCUUGUAUAUUAGGAUACCUGGUGAUUAACAUGUCGUGAGGUGUAUACAGAUGACGUGUAGUUGCAUUCAAAGUGUAAUUCUUUCAACUGAGCACAGGACAAUCUACUGAUGUGCGCCAAAGAUAACCUUACUAACCCGAAGAAAUCAGGAGGCACGGGUACUAGUAUUUGUACUGAUGCACAACAGAGGAGCGAGCGAGAGAUAACGCGUCUGCCAACUUGUGUGUGGUGGCCAAUAGUUAAAAGUAGAGCUAUGAGUGGAUUUGUGUGCUGAUAUAAGAAUAGAAGGGAAACGCACUGCAAUGCUGUGAAACAAUCUCUCGGUACAAAAGAAGUAGACCAUAUGGCACAAUGAUGGACAAGUCCCCAGUGUUAAUGGUGUGGACAACGUUAAUAUCGGAUAUAAUCCGAACGGAUUAGUAAAAAUCGUGUAUGCAUUAAUGUUCAGUUGGGGAAAACGUCCAACAUGAUAGAAAUGUCCUUAUUUAGUGCACGACCGUGUCACACUUGCUUUAUGGAGUCUCAGAGUAGCAGCAGUACACUAAAUUGAGCUUUAUCUGUGCGCACAGACUGAGGAGCCUUUUGGGAAGCAAGAAAGUUUUUAUCUCCAGUGUGAAAGUAUCUGUCGCCUCUGAACACCACGUUUGUCCUUGCACAAUGGAUGGCAGUUUUCUUUUCAAUUUGUUGGAGCAUACCAUAAUAGGGUCUCGUCCAAAUUUAGUGUGGCCUCUCUUAUGCAAGAUGACAGAUUCUUAUACUUGGAUUAAUUGCUUUCUGGUAUCACUUUUACAAAAGGCCUCUCUUCUGAU